AUAAAUUAUAUAGUAGCAAUUGUGUAAAUUUUAUAAGGUGUUCAAGAUAUGAGAGACUCUAGUGUAUUUACAAAUCAUUUAUUUCAUGGAUAUUAUUUCGCAGCUUUCCACCAAAUAUUCGAAGCGUAGCCUAUUGCACGGUUGCUGAACAGAAUAACCGGAAGUCUUGGGAUCGUUUGUGGGAACUCUACGAACAAUCGACAUUUUCCGCAGAAAAGUUUACCAUUCUUCAAGCUUUAGCCUGCACUACCGAAGACACUUUCCUCGAAGAAUUGCUUCAAAAUGCACUUUCAAAGGACAAAGUACGAUUCGAAGAUAGCUCGAGCGUUUUCACUUCCGUUAUCAAUGCAGGCCCGAAAGGAGUUAAAUUCGUAAUAAAGUUCGUUAAAAUGAAUUACGAAAAAAUGCUGGCUCAUACGUCGACCUAGUGAAUUACUUGGAGGAGAAGGAGGUAACGAAAGAGGCGAAGGCUUACAGGAAUCACGCGGAGCAACAAUUGAAAUGGGGCGAAGAGAACAUCCCGCAGAUAUUCCACUGGAUAGAGAUACGCUAUCCGUCGAUGGAUUAUCGUUUACCAAAUACGUUCACACCGUCGAAAUACAAUCUCACGUUGUCCCCGGAUCUCGUCAGUUUCACAUUUACCGGAAGAGUGCAGAUAGAAAUGAAGUGUGACGUGGAAGCAUACGUGUCCCAUAUAAUGCUUCAUGCCAGCGAGCUCAAUGUCAAAGGGUUGUCAUUACGCGCGAAGAAUUCGAGUCUGGACGAUGAAAACCAAAUGAUACUCGAAACAAGCCAGAACAACAAGACACAAAUGAUCACGAUAUUUAUAGCCAAGUUAAUUCAAUCCGACGAACUUGUUCUCGACAUCACGUUCGAGGGUAUACUGAACGACAACAUGGCAGGGUUUUACCGAAGUUAUUAUUUCGAUGAGUAUGGGGAUAUUCAUUGGUUGGCCACGACUCAAUUCCAGCCGACUCACGCGAGGAAAGCUUUCCCUUGCUUCGACGAGCCAGCUUUCAAAGCGCAGUUCACAAUAAGCGUAGAAAGACCUGACAAUUACAAUGUGCUCAGUAAUAUGAGACGCGUCAAACUUAUUUCAUCGAAUUCUCCAGGUCGCUCUAUCGACGUUUUCGAAGAGUCAAAGAACAUGUCAACGUACCUGGUGGCAUUUAUAGUCAGCGAUUUCGAGCCAGUGACAGAUGCGAAUGUUCCUUUGAACGUAUGGGGCAGACGAAAUAUCGUUUCGAAAGGCUCUCGAGCGAAAGAUAUAGCGAGGCAGGUUCGUGAUUUCCUGGAAACAGAAACAAAUCAUACGUACACCUUGCCAAAAUUGGAUUUAGUCGGAAUACCAGAUAUGGGUGACAUCGGUGCCAUGGAAAAUUGGGGCCUCAUCACAUUUAGAGAGUACGGCCUCUUCUACGACGAGGAUGUGACAACAACCAAACAGUUGGACUAUAUAAUCACUAUAAUUGCUCACGAGCUUGCUCACUCGAUGUUUGGAAAUUUAGUUACCUGCGACUGGUGGGAGUAUAUAUGGUUAAAUGAAGGUUUCGCCCAGUAUAUGCAAUGGCGUCUUGGUGCUUUGUACGCGCCAAACAACGGCUACGAGGAGCUGUUCGUGGUUGACGAGCUACAAACAGCGAUGCAAGAGGAUGCUUUAUCGACGUCACAUCCCAUGAAUAACCCAGUCAACACGCCUAACGAAAUCAAAAGAGCUUUCGAUAGCAUUGCUUAUAAA